AUGGAUUACUUUAGUUAUUUCGUGAAAAUAAAUAAAUAUUAUAUCACAUUAAAGCUUAUUGUUAGUCACGCAGUAUUCAUUGUAACACAAAUAGUGCUAUUACCUUGGAUAGAGGAUACUUCUGACACAAAUGAUACAUUUUGUAUAAGAGACAAUAUUUUAAUAGGCUUACAAACUUUGGGUCUAGAUAAUACACAAAAUUGUAUAAAUAUUGGAGAUCUAAUUUUAAAAUCUUUUAUAUCUAACCCGAAUUUCAUUGCCCAGGUGGAUGCGACAACAGAAGAAGAAAAUACAUUCCAACAGAUGAGAGAAAAGAGUGUGAAAUGUGCAUUAUGGAUGGAAAAAUCGGGUAUUCAACCAAAUGAUGUAAUAAUGAUAUGCACAAAUAAUCAAUUAGAUGCUUAUGUACCGUUUCUGGCGGCUUUAUACAUCGGCGCUGUUGUUAGUCCAUUAGAUGAGUAUUUUAUCGAAGACAAUUUAGAUUACUUUUCGGAACAAGUUAAGCCGGCUAUGCUUUUCAUCGAUGAAAUAUAUUAUACGACAGCUCUCUACUCUAUGAAUCAAUUAAAAAUUCUCAAAGGCAUACCUAUGCCAAAAAUCAUAGUUUUUUCUGAUAAAUAUAAAGAUCCACUAACUAGAAAUAAAGAUUUACUAACUCUGGAAGCAAUUCUCAAUGACAACUAUGAUCUGAUGAGCAUUGAAUUUUUUUCCUGUGCUAAAGUAAUAAAUAUGAGGUCAACUGCGAUGAGAUUGUUUACUUCAGGCACAACUGCUUCUCCUGCACAUAUACAAAUUCCUCAUUUAGCUUUUAUAGCUCCAUCAGAUCAGCACGCACCCAAUAUGUUUCAAAAUGAUACCGCUCUGUUGUUCGAAUCCUUAUGUUUUAUCAAUGGCAUAUUUAUAACUAUUCAGGCUAUUCUUUUGCAUGUAAAAAUAAUCAGGAUUAAAUCGCAUUUUGAUGCAGAAAUAGCGUGUAAAGUAAUAGAGAAAUACAGGGUGACGUGGGCUUUUCUUGAAACUAGUAUGUGCCACCAAUUAAGUAAGUUUUGCCAGCUUGAAAAAUAUGAUAUCUCCUCUUUAAAGAAAAUUGUAUUCAGCGGUUCAACUACCAGUUCAUUAAGAGUUCAUAUUGUUCUCAAAGAGUUGCUACCUAAUGUUUCUAUCCUUCAAGCAUACAGUCUGACUGAAACAGGCAUCAUCGCUUAUCAGCGACAUUCAGGGAAAAUCGGAUCCAGUGGUUAUGUGAGUGCAAAUGUUCAAUUAAAGAUAGUUUCUUUAGACCCUUUAGAUCAAGGGAAGUUAUUAGGUCCAAAUAUCUCUGGUGAGAUUUAUUGCACUUCUCCUUAUAUGAUGAUAGCACAUGAGGCCCAAGAAUUUUACGGUUUUAAUAACUGGUUCGGAACAGGAGAUUUGGGUUAUUACGAUGAAGAUGGCAAUGUAUUUAUCAUCGAUCGAAUCAACCAACUUUUUGAAGUCAACAAUCAUAUAAUUUCACCAACUGCAAUUGAAAAUGUGUUACAAAUGCAUUGGCCGGUAUUUGAAGCAGUUGUAACCUCUAUACCAAGCCGUAAUAAGGAUAAAUACGCAAUAGCGUUUGUUACAAAGAUGCCUGGAUUACAGGUGACAGAAGCAGAUCUGCAACAAUUGGUGAAAGAAAGAUUGAGUUCCAACAAUCAUCUUCAGCAUGUGACAUUUCUUUGGCGUUUGCCGCGCUUUUCUAAUGGAAGAAUCAAUCGCAAGUUACUUUAUAAUAUGGCGCGUUCUCAUUUGUUCUGGUAAAAAUAUACAAUUUCUGAUUAAUCUGUCAGCAGAGCGUUAUAACAUAUUAAGAUCUGUGGUAGUGAAAAAAUAGUCGGAAAUACAGAUACAAAAUAAUAACAUGAGCAUGUUCGAAAUUCAUUUUUUGAUUUGAAUAUAUGAGCCAAGAUGUAAUACCAAAUUAUACGAUAAUGUAAUAUUUUAGUAUUUUUAAUUAAAAAUGUGAUGCAUAUGUACUAAAUUUUA